UGGGCGGGGCAGGGGUCCUUUCUAAGCAGGACCCCCCCCCCCCCCUUGGUCCCAGGAGUUUGGUCAGUGCAGACAAAUAUUUCGGCCAGUGGCAACCCCGGGACAAGAGCCGGAACGUACGGGCACGAGCUAAGAUUUCGAAAUGACUUCCAUCUGGACUUACACCUUUAAAAACCUUCCCAGUACAUCAAAAUGGGCCCUCGGGUUUUGUGUAAGACCUCUGAGCUGUUCCUCCCAGCUACGAGCAGGCCCAGCUGUCCAGACCAAAUCAAAGAAGACCUUAGCCAAACCCAACCUAAGGAAUAUUGUGGUAGUAGAUGGUGUUCGAAUUCCGUUUUUGCUGUCAGGCACUUCAUAUAAAGACCUGAUGCCACAUGAUUUGGCUAGAGCAGCACUUUUGGGUUUGUUACAUCGGACCAGUAUCCCGAAGGAAGUUGUUGAUUAUAUCACCUUUGGCACAGUUAUUCAGGAAGUGAAAACAAGCAAUGUGGCUAGAGAGGCUGCCCUCGGAGCUGGCUUCUCUGACAAGACUCCUGCUCACACCGUCACCAUGGCUUGCAUCUCCUCAAACCAGGCCAUGACCACAGCUGUUGGCCUGAUUGCUUCCGGCCAGUACGACGUGGUGGUGGCGGGUGGCGUCGAGUUGAUGUCGGACGUCCCUAUCCGUCACUCAAGGAAAAUGAGGAAGAUGAUGCUUGACUUCAAUAAAGCCAAGACUCUGGGCCAGAGACUGUCUUUGCUCUCUAAAUUCAGACUGAAUUUCCUGUCACCUGAGCUGCCCGCGGUGGCCGAGUUCUCCACCAGUGAGACCAUGGGCCACUCUGCGGACCGCCUGGCCGCUGCCUUUGCCGUUUCCCGUCGGGAGCAGGAUGAGUAUGCGCUGCGUUCGCACAGUCUGGCCAAGAAAGCGCAGGACGAAGGACUCCUUUCCGACGUUGUCCCCUUCAAGGUACCAGGGAAAGAUACAGUUAGCAAAGACAACGGCAUCCGUCCUUCCUCCUUGGAGCAGAUGGCCAAACUGAAACCUGCCUUCAUCAAGCCCUAUGGUACAGUGACAGCCGCAAACUCCUCUUUCCUGGUUGAAAGACAGAGAUCUAGUUUCAAUCUUUUACGUACCGACGGUGCCUCUGCGAUGCUGAUUAUGUCCGAGGACAAAGCUCUGGCCAUGGGCUAUAAGCCAAAGGCGUAUUUGAGGGAUUUUGUGUAUGUGUCCCAGGACCCGAAAGAUCAGCUUUUACUGGGACCAACGUAUGCUACUCCAAAAGUUCUAGAAAAGGCUGGAUUAACCAUGAAUGAUAUUGAUGUUUUUGAAUUUCAUGAAGCCUUCUCAGGUCAGAUUUUGGCUAAUUUUAAAGCCAUGGAUUCUGAUUGGUUUGCGCAAAACUACAUGGGUCGGAAAACCAAGGUUGGAUCGCUUCCUUUAGAGAAGUUUAACACCUGGGGUGGAUCGCUGUCCCUGGGACACCCAUUUGGAGCCACUGGCUGCCGCUUGGUGAUGGCAGCUGCCAACAGGUUACGGAAGGAGGGAGGCCAGUACGCCUUGGUGGCCGCCUGUGCAGCGGGAGGGCAGGGCCACGGAAUGAUAGUGGAAACUUACCCGAAGUGAGCAGCCCGCAGGAGGUACCAGUCUUCUGUGCAGCACCUGCACUGGCAAUGCCAUUUCAAUGCAUUACGAAGCAGCGCUGUAGUCCCAGCUCCUCUUAGGAAAACAUUUGCGACUUUCUGUUAAAUACAUAGCAACUAAGCCUUUCUGGUGUUCUCAGCUUUCUAACAACCACAGCUUACUGUUCGUUCAGGGAUUUCUAAGUGACAGAUAGAUUUAAGCAGUAGCUUUUGAUCUCUGUUGUCAUCAAGACUAAAUGAAUGGUUGCAUUUUAGGAAAGAUGUUAACUGAGAUCUAAAGUCAUCUUUGUAAUACUUGCAAAUUAAUUUGUUCCUAUUUGUGUGCUAAGAAUAAGUAUUUUCUCUGAAAUACGAACCAAUGUGCCUAAAUAACUAAUUAUGGAAAAAUAACCUAAAUAUCUUUAAGAACUUAAAUAUUUAGAUAUACAGAUACCUUGUUAGUCAACCUUAAUAAAGUGGAGAAGUACCGGGGAACAGUUUGCCUUAAUUUGAUAUGGAGGAGAAGGUGCUUCUCCUGGGUUAGGUGUAGGGUUUCCCUUUAAGUGUUUGUGACUUUCAGUCAUGCAGCCACCAGGAAUAGGAGUGGCCUGCUUUAGAAUAACACCCCACCACCAUUGCUAUGAUUGAAGUGUGUUUAUUUCAUUAUUUAGAGUUUCUAGAGUUUGCCAGGAUUUAAAUGAAUAUAAAGUAAGCUUUUUCUUUGGAUCAAUUGCUAUAAGCCCUCUUGGACUUUUGAUAACCAUACUAUACUAAAUAACAUGUAUGCUGGUACUUUGAAGAAGCAAAAUGGUCCAUCAUGGCCAUUUUUGUGAACAUAUAUAUUUGAAGCCACCACAGUGGCACCUCCUUAAUCUCAGCCACUUGGGAGGUUACCAAGGUAGGAUGAUUGCAGGCGCAAGGCCAGCUAAGCAGUGUAGUGAGAUCCUGUCUAAAAAGCAUUGCUGGUCCUGGUGGUGCACAGCGGUUAUCCCAGCACCCAGAAGGCGGAGGCGGGAGUGAGCCUGGGCUUCAGAGCGAGUCCUUGUCUCACAAAACAAGAGGGUGGGAAAGCUCAGUGAUGGGGCACCAGCCUAGAAGCAUGAGGGCUUGUGUUCAGUCCCCAACACCAAAAAGCCCCAAAAAACCCAACAAAAACCCAACAAUAAAAAGGGUAUCUGAGUUCCAGGGUCAUUUGCUUGUGACUUCCUUGGUAAUUUAAACACAGUGUGAGUUUUAAGAACUGAAAACCAUUGUAUUUACAUAUGACAUAAAUAAGUUCUAGAUGAAAUAAAAUAUGCCAAAUGAAAAUUUCUUAAA